GACUCGUUGGGUCCGCUGCGAGUCAAGUAUAAGGUAUGUAUUAGGCUAUUGCUGUCGAUGCCGAAUGAAAUAAAGCGAUGCCAGCGGCAAACGCAGCCGGGAUUGGAUGCAUCCGGUCGGGAGGUGGGCUCCCUUCCAUCGUCUCAUCCCGGAAGCACAAGUAUUCAUAGAGCAAGAUCGGACUAUUGGGCGACAGCAGCAAGGGAAGGAAUGGAACCAAGAGAAGGAGAUCCAAAGAAAGGGAGAGGGAGCUGCAGAGCCGCACAGGAUCGAGGAGAAAGGUGAGGGUGCCUCUGUACCAGAUCGAAACAGCCAAUGGAGGCGAUAUCGAGCCGAGUGACAGAGAGUCGGCAGUGAAACAAGCAGGGCAAGAAGAGACACAAACUGGACCAGAGAUCAGAUCCACGGACAGGAGAAAGGUGGAGGAAGAAGAGGAUGAAUGCCUGGGGGGGGGGUGAAGGCACACCAAACUCAAAGACACGCAGAAGGGAGAGCGAUCAAGCUCGAAAAUCCCAAAGACAGGGUCGAGCACUGGCCGCUCCCAUCAGCGAUGGCUUCGGGUCGGUGGUGCUUCGUGGUCCGGCGAGCGCGUUGCUGUGCUUUAGUUCUGCACAUGGAACUGGAUGUUGGUGCCCUGGGCAGUCCAGAAGCCAAGGGCGCCAGCCUGGGUGAGAUCCUCGAGCACGACGGAGCCCUCGGUGCCGGGGGUGAGAGUCUUCUGGGGAUCGACUUGGUCGAGCGAGAAGUAGCAGGUGACAGUGGUGUGGGGAGGCACGUUCUGGCCGGUGAACGAGCGGGUGCAGUCCCAGACGGGGAAGUGGCCGGGCUCGACAAAGGCAUAGACGUAGCGGGUGAUGGAGUCGAGGCCAAGGGAGGUUUGGUAGACGACGGACUGGGUCUGGUUGCGGCUCCAGAUGAGCGAUUGGCCGUAGGUAGUCUGGGGGCUGACCAGGGUCAGGGCGGAGAUCCCCGAAACCAGGGAGGCGACGGCGGCGACGGUAGCGAUGAACUUCAUGUUGACAGUAGAGAGACUGGACACGCAGAGGGUCUUGGUUGGGAGAUGAGUACUCUGAGCUUCGAGGCGGUGGUUGUUGAGCAGAUGCAGGAUGAUGAGUGACUGGGGAUGGCUUCCAGGAGCAGGUAUUUAUGGGCGGAAUCUGGAAGGGGGGGAGGGAUGCAUGCCACCGACGACGCGGGCCUUGGAUGGGA